CGUAAAUAUUGCCCCAAAUUCCAUUUACAAACAUUAAACCCAAAUUCAGAGCGCUCGGAUAUCGAAAAAUAUUCUGGGGGCAAGCAUCCACCCUUUAGUUAUGGUAAUAACGCUAUGAAAGAAGCAGUUGCAGUUUACUGGCUUUUUAGUGUUUCCCAUCUCUGUAUAUGCUUGACGUAUCCACACGUCGGGAUGUAUUUUUUAAAAAUGGGAAGACUCUAGGACAGUGCAUAAGUAAAUCGAUAGCUAAAAAGCAAAAAGCUGCUGUAUUUAGACCAGGAAGAAACGUACUCCCUCCUAUAAAGAUAUAUUAUGGAUGUAUCUAUAUGUAAGUAUAUGGAAAUAGCUGACUAGUUUCUAGUUUUUAACUAUUUUAACAUCGGGAUUGUAUAAUAUAGAACAUUGUUAGAUGUGGAUACAAAUAUGUAUUUAACAGUAAAUUUUUAACAUAAAUUGGACAUGACAUGCGGGUGAAAAACAAAGUAAAAAGCUUUGUGUGCUAAAUUGAAAGUUGAUACUAAAAAGAAAAAAAUAUUUUUAUAAAUCUUUACGAGAAAUAGUGAUUUGGAAAAAGCACGGGCCAUGUGACAUUAAAACGCAAGCAAAAUCUAGUUUAUCUUUUGGUGUCAAUUUGAUGUUGGAUAAGGGAAUAUGUAUUCAACAUAAUUUGGUUUUUUCGAUU